UUAUCAGAAACUAAAUACUAAUUAGUCAGUAAGUCUAUAAGGAUUCCGAUAGUUGUACAUAUUGUGAAUAAAAUAACAAUUAUAAAAAUGAAUGCUUUAUUACAAGAAGAACUGUCUGAAAUAGUUAGUAAUGGUGCGUUUGGAAAAAAUCUCAAAUAUGAUUCGUUUGAAUUGAACAAGGAAUACGUCGGAGAGGAUCAGUACAUGUCCACGGUGUUAUUUGGUACAGUGACAACUUCUGACAAAUCACAAUAUCAGGUUGUAAUUAAAUUAAAACUUCGAGAUGAGGAGCUGAGAGUUAAGUUAAAAAUCGAUUACCAAUUUCACAACGAAAUUACAAUGUAUGAAAAAAUUAUACCAUUUCUAUUUGAAUGUCACCGAUCAUUAAAAGGAAUCGAAGACUGGCCAUCAUUACCUCGAUUUUUUUAUGGUAGUAAUAAAUGUGGCGAGUACUCUGAAAAAGAUUUAAUAGUGUUAGAGAACGUUAAACCUCUGGGAUACCAAUUGAGCGAAGAACGGCUGUUCAUUGACUAUGAUCAUCUUGUAUUUGCAUUACGAGCAUUAGCAAAGUUUCACGGGUUGUCAUACACAGCGAAAUAUAAAGAUCCACAUAGAUUACAAAAAUAUGUCAUGUAUCUUCGGGAUACUCAAUUUGACGUGGACGGACAAUGGAUGCUAAAGAACAACGCAUUAAAGAAAUUAGGCAAGCGAGGAGUCGAUCGUCUUAUUGAACGUAGCGGUGACCUUUACUGGGACAACGAGCACUUGCGACGAUUUAACGAGCUCAUCGAUGAUGGAAAUAACACACUGAGACGUGCGCUGUAUCAUCGAGAACCGUUGUCUGUCGUGUGUCACGGGGACUUCAAUAGGAACAAUUUGUUAUUUCAGUACGAUGAUUCUGGUCUUCCAGUCGACGUGCUGCUGUUCGACUUUGGUACUCCUCGUUACGGGUCGCCGGCUUUAGAUAUUUCGUUUUUCUUGUAUAUGAACACUACGAAAAAUAUGCGUGAAAGUCACUGGGAUGACUUAUUGAACGAAUACUGUGCCACUUUGGCGAAAUCCGUGCCUUCUGUCGUUUGCGUGCCGAACAGGGCUCAACUGGACUCUGAAAUGGCUGCUUGUGCUAUUUUUGGCUUUGCACAUGCAUCAUUUUUCUUACCCUGCCAGAUUGAUCCUAGUCCUAUAGAUUCGGAAUCGGAUGAAGAAAAAUCUAUUGAGUUGUUAUUACAAAGGGGUGGAGACAAAGGAACGGAUCUAGUGGCUGAUCUAGUUCAACACAUUGUCGAAAUGAGAUACACUAAUGUGUGACGUGGUUAUCGGUUUCUUAAAAAUUGAUCGGUACUAAUCAUGUAUAAACGAUAUGUUUAUUUUGGUUGGAACAGUAUUAUGUAAGUUCUAUGAGUAUUUUUUUCAUUAUUUAAAAAUUUCAAAUAAUAUUAUUAAUAUUUGUGUUGCAUUAUAUAUUUAGAUGUACACAAAACUUACAUAUUAUGCCAUCGAUUUAACUCUAUAGAAUUUAAACCAUUAUUUUAUUGCUUCGAAAAAAAGUAGACUGUUCAAUGCUUGUAAGAUUUUUAAACUUAAUCAUAAAAAUAUUUAACUAUUUUAUAUACGAUGUAAAAAUAAUUUUUUCAUCUUAAUUUAAUAAAUUUCAUUGUUACAUAUCAUACAUUAAGCGCUUUAUGUAUUGUGAACGAGUUCAAAUUUGAAAUUAUAAUUGUAUUAUUUACUGGUUAUAUUUUAUUUAAAUAUAGAUUUUAAAUUGUACACGUUGUAUAAACAACAUCGAUUUAAACACGAAGUAAACAUAAUAAUAUUGCUUACUAUAGAAUUA